GAGGAGGUGCGCUGGGUCGAAAAGCAACAAACGAAAAGGAGAAGGCGAAGAUGGCGUUAGCACGGCUGCUCCUAAUUUUCGUCCUAACGCUUAAUAUCUGCAAAGGUGAUUUCGAGGGGAAACUGCUGGAUGAAACGGAUGAUACGGAUAUGGAGAUCGAGUUAGCACACGCAAACCGUAACGUACCAGCAGCAAAUUCCAUCAUACCACAUCAGCGGUACAAAUGCCAUUCGUGUGAGCCACCCGAUUGCAGUACGAUCCAUAUGCACCACUGCCAGAAUGCGAUCCAGUGCUGGAAGUCGAGGACACGCGAUCAGGAAGGCAACGAAAACGUACAGCGCGGAUGCACUACCGAGCACGAUCAGCUGCCAUUGUACUGCAAUCAGAACCAGAAGUCCAAGAACGGGAACAGCAAUAACGGCGGGCCCAAGAAGCGUCAUGUGAAUUCGUCGGGCACGUACAACAUCGAGUGCUGCACGGGAGAUUACUGUAACGAUGGGGACUUUCCGGAGCUGCCAUCCGUGAAUGCAGUGCCAGAAACCGAAGAGCAAGAUUCGUUCGCAGGUCGGGUGGCAAUUGCCGUGCUGCUACCGUUCGGUUCGAUCUUAGCCAUAACCGCCGGUGCCGUCUUUUGUUUACGACGUGCGCAUGCAAAGCGCGUAAACGCUACCCGCACCAAGUACGAUGCGGAACCGUAUUACACCAACGAUGAUGUGCUGCGCGCUACUAGCGCUGGUGAUAGUACGUUAAGGGAAUAUCUCCAACAUUCGGUUACAUCGGGCUCUGGCAGUGGUCUACCGCUGCUCAUACAACGCACGCUAGCGAAACAAGUGUCGCUUUGCGAGUGCAUUGGCCGAGGCCGGUAUGGUGAGGUUUGGCGUGGCAUCUGGCAUGGGGAAAGUGUUGCGGUUAAGAUAUUCUUCAGUCGCGACGAGGAUUCUUGGAAACGAGAGACGGAGAUUUAUGGCACCGUCUUGUUGCGGCACGAAAACAUUCUCGGAUACGUCGGCUCGGACAUGACGUCGAGGAACUCUUGCACGCAGCUGUGGCUCAUUACGCACUACUUUCCACAGGGUUCGUUGUAUGAUUUUCUAAACCGCACCGCUAUCACCACUCACCAGAUGAUCACGAUUUGCUUAUCGAUUGCCAAUGGGUUGGUUCAUCUGCACACGGAAAUAUUCGGAACUGAGGGUAAACCGGCUAUCGCUCACCGUGAUCUUAAGACGAAGAACAUUCUCAUCAGAGCGAAUGGUACGUGCGUGAUCGCGGACUUUGGGUUGGCCGUCAUGCACAGCCAGACGACGAACAAAAUCGACAUCGGUAGUACGGCCCGCGUCGGAACGAAACGAUACAUGGCACCGGAAGUGCUGGAUGAAAGCAUCAAUAUGGAGUGCUUCGACGCGCUGCGUAAGGCCGAUAUCUACGCGAUUGGGCUGAUCUUCUGGGAGGUGUGCCGCCGCACGAUAUCCUGUGGCAUUGCGGAAGAGUAUAAAGUACCGUACUACGAUUACGUAUCGUCCGAUCCCAGUUUUGAGGAAAUGCGAAAGGUGGUGUGCGUAGACAACUAUCGGCCCUCGGUGCAGAACCGGUGGACUUCCGAUCAGAUUCUCGCCGGUAUGUCCAAGCUGAUGCGCGAAUGCUGGCACACGAACUCGAACGUACGGCUACCGGCGUUGCGCAUUAAAAAGACGCUACUAAAGUUGGCCAGCUCGGAUGAAACGCUUAAAAUCAAUCCAGACGGCGAUUUCAUCGUGUGAUCAGGCAUCGUUCUUGCUAUUUAGUGGGGGCAACAGGCAUGUGACAAUGUAGAGAACCCCUUCAAAUCACACGCUUACGACCACACUGUGGCCACGAGUUGAUUCUCCACACAACCUAUCCUUUUUUGGCAACUACAUUAGUCCUUACUAGUAUCGCGUGAUGCCUUAACGGGGCUGCUACGCACGAUUGCGUAUUCUCGCGUCCGAUAGGCAAUGAAAUUAAUCGCUCUCCUCCGAUUAAUCUGUUAGAUAACGUGUUUGGCCAUAGUUUUCUUAUGGCAAAAGUAGUAGUAGCAGCAGAAGUAGAUUUAACUCCAACCUAUUCCCCUGUCCAAGGGCUUAAGUUUGGUAAAUGAUAUAGUAUAGUUACGUUUAUCUUUUUUAAACCAUUUACACGAGCACGGCACACGACUUGCUCUAGACCUAACCAUCUCGUCGCCAGGUCCGAUGUUUCCUUCGGGAGAAAGGGAAGCAUAUGAAGGAUUUCGAAUUUCGUUCUUUCUUUUUCCAAAAAAGGAGUUCAACUAGAACAGGCUGGCGUCAUUCUGCAUCUGGCGCAGUUUGCAGUGCCUUGGGUAAUUUGAUGUUGAACAAUGUUUUUACUUUUUACUUUUACUUGCCAAUGUGCCAUUCAGCUACUGCUGUUGUCUAGCUGAACCGCUCGCGCCAAUAUGUUUCACUAAUCGUGUGCGUGUGAAACGAGCGCUUCUGUUCCGCCUCGAGCCUUAUCGUUGAGGGGCGGUGGGUGUUGUAAAUAGGGAAAAACAGAGCCUGAUUUAGAGAUUUGGGAAAUAGAAACUAGUGCGUAGUGCGCUAGUGAGUAGAGCAUGAGAGGUAUAUUUAUAAGGAAGGCAGCGAAGGAAAGUGAAUGUCCGUUUUAUUAUUAUUUGAUAGAAUUGUAAAAAAACAUAUGAUAAUACAUGAUAUAGUUUAUAGCAAUCGUGUUGCCUAUACU